AUGUCUGAUUUCACCCCCAUAAAUCCAAAACCGUUUCUUCGGGAUCUAAUAGAUAAGUCGAUUUUGGUGACACUUAAAUUUAACAAGACACAGUAUAAAGGUACCUUGGUAUCCGCAGACAACUAUUUCAAUUUACAGCUGAGAGAGGCAGAGGAGAUAGUGGACAACAAGUCCAGAGGGCUUAUAGGAGAGAUAUUCAUAAGAUGCAACAACGUGCUUUGGAUAGGCGAGGAUCUCAAGAAGACCGAGACAACAUCUGAACAAGCACUAAAAAGUGAAAAACUGGAAACUUCAGAACCAUCGAAAACAUCUGAAACGUCUAAUACAGCUGAAACUGACAAAGCAAGUGUAAGUAGCAAUACAUAG